CAUGUUUUCGGGGUUUUAUUCUGUGCAGAGGAGAGAGAGAGAGGAGCAACACCUCCGCUCACACCUCGCACCUCCACCCGCACCUCCUGCAGGAGGGCGCUCCGCUCCGCUCCGCUCCUCUCUCUCCUCGCCUUGACUCGGCUUUACCCAGCCGGGCUGGGCGCUGACUGCGCUCCCAUAUCGACCUAAUCUCUCUCUCUCUCUCCGCGGUUCUCCUGGUUCUCCUCUCUGCGGGAUGUUCUCCAAAAAGCCCCACGGAGAUGUGCGCAAAUCCACGCAGAAGGUGUUGGAUCCUAAGAAGGACGUGCUGACCCGCCUGAAGCACCUGCGCAUCGUGAUCGAAAACGCUGAGCCUGCUGAGCUCAAGCACUUCUUCGACCAGAACUACUCCCACAUCUACUACGUCUUUUUUGAGAACUUUGUUAGCAUCGAGGUCAACCUGAAACAGAAAGGUCACAAAUCACAAAGGGAAGAGCUUGACUCCAUUCUUUUCAUUUUUGAGAAAAUAUUGCAGCUGCUGCCGGAGAGGAUACACGGACGAUGGCAGUUCCACAGUAUCGGACUCGUACUGAAGAAGCUGCUGCACACGGGGAACUCCCUAAAGAUCCGCAGGGAGGGCGUGCGUCUCUUCCUGCUGUGGCUCCAGGCCCUGCAGUGUAACGCUCUGAGAGAGCAGCUGUGGAUUUUUGCCGCUUUAAUCCCAGGAUUCCCUGCUCCGCCUCAGUCUGACCUCGGCCCGCGGACCCUGGACAGCAUCAUCACCCCCACUCUCAACCUGCAGGAGGCUCAAGUGACUCCAGAGGAGAUCAGUCCACUGGUGCUGCCUCAGUCGGGGGACAAAGCUCAGGAGGAUCUCACAGGGUACUUCCUGGAGGCUCUGCUCAAAUACAUGGUAAACCAGGCUAAAAGUCUGGAGUGGAGGUGUAAGGAGAACCACGAGAAGGGCUUUGCUUUCCUCUUCGCCAACUUUAAGAAGUAUUACCUUCCACACAUCUUCCCCAACUUCUCCAAGGAGACCAGCCUGUACAGCCCCAUUCUGGAGGUUCCCCCUGUGAGACCAAAGCCGUAUUACGUGGUGGUGAAGCGAGACCCGGAGACCAAUGAAGCUUUGUACUGCACUAAAGAGAACUUCCUGAAUGCCAGAGUGAUCUUCAUCCGCUGGCUCGUGUCCUUCUGGCUGGAGCCCAGAGCCAACACGGGCACUCACAUCCCGGGAGUGGACGGAGAGAACGUGCCAAAGAACAUCCAGAGAGCUGCAGCAGGUCUGGCUGCACGGGUGGAGGAUGCCGGACCUCGGCCAGACGCUCUGGAUGGUGGUGGGAGCGGGGGGGAGCCCGAACAGUCCCACUCCAAUACCAGCACGCUGACGGAGCGCGAGCCGAGCUCCUCCAGCCUCUGCAGCGUGGACGAGGAGCACCUGACUGACAUUGAGGUGGUCCGCCGCGUCCUCUGCUCCUCACGCACCAACGUGAACUUCAUCACAGAGAUAUUCCGACAGGCGUUCCUGUUGCCGAUGUGCGAGGCGGCGGCGAUGCGGAAGGUGGUGCGCGUGUAUCAGGAGUGGAUCUCUCAGGAGGAGAAGCCGUCGUUUAUGACGGAGCCUGAGGACGAGGAGCGAUUUCUGGGGCAAGGGGGCGCCGUGGAGCAGGGCUCGGACACGCAGGAGGGUUCUGGACACUGUAGGAACCCCAGCUGGAAUAAAGGUUCGGACAGUGAGCUGCUGGAGUACAGCGUCAAUGCUGGAGUCCAGUCCACUCUGCAGGUCUUCAUCACAAACUCCUCGAACGUGUUCCUGCUGGAACCGGCCAAUGAGUUGAAAACGCUGCUGGAGGAGCACGUUGACAUGUGCAAGCGCGUCCUAAACAUCUACCGCAGCCUCGUCAUGCACCAGACCAUGGACCAGAAGACCUGGGAGCAGAUCCUGCUGGUGCUGCUGAGGGUGACGGAGUGUGUGAUGAAGCGGCCUCCCUCCGUCGUGCCUCAUGGGAAGAAAAGUAACACCCUCUCAGGCCGCCUCGCAGGAGCCAUCUUUCAGACUCUGAUCGUGGCCUGGAUUAAAGGGAACCUGAACGUGUAUGUCUCGCGGGAGCUGUGGGACGACCUGCUGGCCGUUCUGUCCUCUCUCACCUGGUGGGAGGAGCUGAUCACAGAGUGGUCCCUCACCAUGGAAACGCUCACCAAAGUGCUGGCCCGAAACCUGUACAGCCUGGACCUCGGCGAGCUGCCUCUGGACAAACUCAGCGAGCAGAAGCUGAAGAAGCACAAAGGCAAAGGUGGCGCUCAUGAGGGCCAGAAGAUGGUGGUGGACCGUUCAUUUUCCAAAGGCUGGAGUCGGGACCCCCCUGGCCAGGCAGCUGCCAUGCGUCAGCGCAGCGCAACGACCGCUGGAUCCCCGGGCAUCGAGAAGGCUCGGAGCAUCGUUCGCCAGAAAACUGUCGCUCUGCGUAGCUGUUCGACGGGUGACAGCCUCUUGUCUUCAGCGUUUAUCCGCAGUGCUAAAAGUGCCCCUGUCCUCGUGCACCCCGCCCACCCUCUCCUGCCUGACUCUGUCCUCACUCCCCUAGCAGACGAUCUGUCAGACAUGGAGGACCCCCCUUUGGCGGCCCGCGGGCCUCGGGCCCGUCACUGCUCCCAGAGCGAGGAGAGCCCAGCCUCGGAGGUGUUCGCGGCGUCGGCCGACCUGGAGCAGACGCCCCUCCCGCGCAGCAGCAGCGCCUCCGACAUCAUGGAGCCCUUCAUCAACGAGCGGGUCAAAGGUGCUCUUCCUGUUUCUGAAAGUCCCCCUCACACCCACCCUUCCUCCACCUCCACGGCCCCCACAGACCCCCCCCACUGCCCCCCGACCCACGACUCCCACAGCGCCCCCGAAAGCCAGGCAUCUUCCCUGGAGGUUGGCGAUAGCAUCUACGACCACCUCUGCCAGAUGCCAGGGCCGCAGCCCCCGUUCGUUCCCGAUUGGACGUGUCCGGCUGCCACGCCCACUCCUCUGGCCGAGAGCGGGGCCGACGAUGACCUUUUUAGCUCUUUAAGGGAGUACUUCUUGCUCAGGGACCCCGGGGAGGCGGUGCUAGGUGGGUUAGGGGCGGAGCCAGGUGUCGAUAGAGGCGGGGUUUUGGAUAAAGAGAUAGAGCCAAGCGAGCAGAGCUUCUAUGAUUGUUUAGAGCAGUGUGAUUGGGUGUCCACUUGUACGCAAAGCACGGAGGAACCGUCCAGUCAGAGUUUAGCCGAGGACAGGAAAGAGUUACAAAGGCAAGACGCAACUGACCGGCCGAGUGAAAGCGAGCCCAUUUCGCAGCAUCCCCAGUCCACGUUUCGCCCCAAGCUGACCCGCACAGGCCCCAAAAAGCGGCCGGGCGGGGGCGUCCACGUCAGCUUCCGCCCGUCCACAGAGUCGGUGCAGUUCCUAAACCCGCUGGACCCCAAAGAGGCGCACUGGAAGGUCCGGCUCAAGCGCCUCAGCCACUUCAGCGGCCACCCGGCAGGCUCAAAGGCCCGAGACGGGUCAGGAGGCGGUGGGGAGGGAGGGGGGGCGUGUUCCUCAGUGGACGGGGCGCGGACGGGGCGCAUCGGCCGGCCUUCUUUGCCCCGUCCGUCCCGCUCCAGGUCGCAGGAGUCGGGCUGCAGCCCCUCCCGCCAGCAGGUGGCGCUCCUGGGCGGCAUGUAUAAGUCUGUGGUCCACGCUCUCUCCAAGCCGAAGAGCCACGCGGCGGCCGGCCAAAGCCACAGCGUCACUAAAGCUCCGCCGGACGCACCGCUGAAGGACCUGUACACGCAUGUUAUGGGCUAUUUUGGAAGAAGAGCACCAGCCAAUAAAGACGAGCUGACCCCGAAGAUGCGUCCCGUCUCCACUGACGCCGGCAGCAGCAAUCCAAACGUCAGUGACCUGAUGGACGAGUUCAUCCAGGAACGACUUCGGACCAGAGGAACCUCGGGAAUGACGAGGCGCGGCAGCAGCCCAGGCAGUCUGGAGAUCCCGAAGGAUUUCCCGGAUGUUCUGACCCGUCCGAACGCCACCCGGCCCGCGGAUGACCCAGGCGUUCCGUCCGAGUGGACGUCUCCUGCCAGCGCCAGCGGGAGCGACAUCAUCAGCUCCGACAGCCAAUCAGAUUCCUUCAAUGCCUUCCAGUACGAUAACAAAUUUGAAAAUUUCAGCUUUGCUCCUGAGGUGUGUCCGGUGGGCUCAGUGGAGCAGGAGACUGCGAGUGUUACGGGACACACUGGGGAUGAACAGGAUCAGUCCAGCCUCACCACCCUGCACAUCGACUCGGAGACCAGCAGCCUCAGCCAGCACGGCCUGUCCGCAGAUACGGUCACUAUUACAGGUUCUGAAAGCGCAUCUCCUCUGCACUCUCUGGGCGGCUCGCGCUCUCAGACGCCGUCUCCCGCCACGCUGACGGCCGAACAUACCGAACACAAAGACCUGCAGCUGGACGAGAAACUGCAUCACUCCGUACUGCAGACACCCGACGACCUGGAGACCAGCGAGUUUCCCACUGAGGACUGCAGCGUGAUGGCCGGAGGUUCUCUGACCGGCUGGCAUGCUGAUGUUGCCACGGUGAUGUGGAGGAGGAUGCUUGGCAUUCUGGGAGACGUGAACACCAUUAAAGACCCAGAGAUCCACGCACAGGUUUUCGACUACCUGUGUGAGCUCUGGCAGAACUUAGCCAAGAUCAGGGAUAAUCUGGGAAUCUCCCUCGACAACCAGUCGUCUCCGCCCCCUCCGGAUCUCAUUCCUCCGCUCCGGAUUCUCACGCCAUGGCUGUUCAAAGCCACCAUGCUGUCGGAGCGGUAUAAACAGGGUAAACUUCACGCCUACAAGCUCAUCUGUAAGAUCAUGAAGCGGAGGCAGGACGUUUCCCCGAACUCGGACUUCCUCACGCACUUCUACAACAUCAUGCACUGCGGCCUGCUGCACCAGGACCAGGACAUCGUCAACACCAUCAUUAAGCACUGCUCCCCUCGCUUCUUCUCCAUCGGACUGCCGGGGGCCACCAUGCUCAUCCUGGACUUCAUCGUAGCGGCCAGCAGAGUGACGGCCUGCUCCUCCCUAAACGCUCCGAGAGUAGAGGCUCAGAUUUUGCUGGGUUCCCUGGUGUGUUUUCCGAACCUGUAUGAGGAGCUCCCUGCGCUGCACCCCACCACCGCUGAGGUCAUCAUGACCAAGUUCAAGGAUGUAAAGGAGCACAUCAUCAAACACAUCCUCGCGUCAGCCAGAGACGAGCCGUCCGCUCCGGCCAGGUGUGUUGCUCUGUGCAGUCUGGGUGUCUGGCUGUGUGAGGAGCUCAUUCACGGCACUCGACACGCGCAGAUUAAAGAAGCCCUGAACGUCAUCUGCGUCACCCUGAAGUUCCCCAAUAAAACUGUAGCGCUGGUGGCUUCAGAUAUCCUGCACUUACUCAUAAACUACGUGGACCAUCUGCAAGCAUUCCCCCCCGACACUCCAAAGAAGAUCGUAGAGAUUCUCAUAGCGACCAUCACCUACCUGCUGCCCUCUACGGAGUCGUCCCCUCACGAGCUGGAUAAACGGCUGGUGGUCUCUCUGCUGCUGUGUCUACUGGACUGGGUCAUGGCUCUUCCUCCAAAGACUCUGCUGCAGCCGGUCCAGACCCUGGUCCAGGAGAAAGACAAGGCGGAUAAGUCCGUCCUCAGCGCCAUCUAUAAGGUGCUGCACGGCUGCGUGUACGGCGCUCAGAGUUUCAGCAACCCGCGCUAUUUCCCUCUCAGUCUGUCGGACCUCAGCAGUCCAGAUUACGACCCGUUCCUGCUGCUGGAGGGCUUAAAGGAGCCGGAGCCUUUGCACUCGCCCGACUCCGAAAGAUCCUCCAAACUGCAGCCCGUCACUGAGGUGAGGAGCCGUGUCCAGCAGGGUCUGGUCUCCAUUGCAGCUCGUACAGUCAUUUCCCACCUGGUGAAUCACCUGGGUCAUUACCCCAUGAGCGGGGGUCCGGCCACGUUGACCAGUCAGGUCUGUGAGAACCAGGACAACCCGUACUGCGACAGCAGCGACCUCGCGCCCGAGCUCUUCCACACGCCCAACCUGCAGUUUUUCGUGCUGAAUGGCACCACGCUGCUGUCCUGCCUGCAGAUCCGGGCGCAGGAUGGCCUGCCUGGGGGGGGCAUGGCCGCCGGCCUCACGUCCGCCAGCGCCUGCGUACGGGUCGUCGUCAGGGACAUUUCGGGUAAACACUCAUGGGACUCGGCCGUGCUGUACGGACCGCCUCACUGCGCGGCGCCCAGCCAGCCUGUUCACUUCCACACCGCGUUCUCUGGGCCUGCAGGGGGCGACAGAGAGCAUGACUCGGAGGAAGAGUCUGUGGAGAGAGAAGAGGAGGAGGAGAGUGAGGAAAACCAGGAGAACAUGGAGAUGCCGAGGGAGCAGGAGAACGGGGAGUUGCUGGACGAGCAGGAGGAGGCAGUGGAUGAAGGGGCUGUUUUGGAACUGAUGGCCCCGCUGGCAAAGCGUCGGUGUCGCGAGGCCGUCCCCGGCUGGGACUCCCUGCAGGACGGGCAGGACGCGCUGGACGAAAUGCUGCAGUACCUCGGCUACUCCAGCCCAGAGUGCCUCCAGCGCACGGGAACGCCCCUCAACAUCCCGGCCCCGCCGCCCGUCUGCGUCUCCGAGAAGCAGGAGAACGACGUCAUCAACGCCAUCCUGAAGCAGAGCACCGAGGAGCGGGAGUUCAGCUGCCACCGCGGAGACGAUAUCCACAUGCGAGCAGCAGGGCAGCCAGAGCCGAGCCCGCAGCGGCCGCAGUCCGCCUUCUACUACUGCAGACUGCUGCUCAACAUCCUGGGCAUGAACUCCUGGGAGAAGAGGAGCAAUUUCCACCUGCUGAAAAAAAACGAGAAGCUGCUGAGGGAGCUGAAGAACCUGGACUCCAGGCAGUGUCGCGAGACUCACAAGAUUGCUGUGUUUUACGUGGCCGAGGGUCAGGAGGAUAAACACUCCAUUCUGUCCAACACCAGCGGGAGUCAAGCGUACGAGGACUUCGUGUCUGGACUGGGCUGGGAGGUGAACCUGACGAGUCACUGUGGCUUCAUGGGUGGUCUGCAGAGGAAUAAAAGCACAGGCCUGACCACGCCUUACUUUGCCACCUCCACCGUGGAGGUCAUGUUCCACGUUUCCACUCGUAUGCCUCCAGACUCGGACGACUCGCUCACCAAAAAGUUGAGACACUUGGGGAAUGAUGAGGUUCACAUCGUGUGGUCGGAGCACACGCGGGACUACAGGAGAGGCAUCAUCCCCACGGAGUUCGGAGACGUCCUCAUCAUCAUUUACCCCAUGAAGAACCACAUGUACAGCAUCCAGAUCAUCAAGAAGCCAGAGGUCCCGUUUUUCGGCCCCUUGUUUGACGGUGCCAUAGUGGACGGGAAGAUUUUGCCGACGAUGGUGCGAGCCACGGCCAUAAACGCCAGCCGAGCGCUGAAAUCCCUCAUCCCGCUCUACCAGAACUUCUAUGAGGAGCGAGCUCGGUAUUUGGAGACGAUCGUCCAGCACUACCUGGAGUCCAGCACAUUUGAGGAUUACGCUGCCCGUGUGUUCUGUCCAGCACCCUUUCAGCCCCUCCCCUCUGAAACAGGCUCAUGCCUCGAGAACCAGCCCGAAAACCCGAACGCUCCUCCAGACGCCAGCGACUUAGCGUCGCCAAUGUCUCCUCGGGCUAGCAAGAGCCGCAUGUCCAUGAAGCUCCGCCGCUCGUCCGGAUCGGCCAACAAGACCUGACCGGACCUGCCCUGACCUCGCCUGACCUUCGUCAUGCCACGUACACAAUCACGCCAACACGCCUGCACUUGCACUUCCCGAGCUUACCCGUCACAUCUGCACUGGACGCACCACUUUCAUGGCCACGCCCCAUCUAUGAUGUCACAAUGGCCAUUAACCAUGCAUCCAGACUCCGCCCCUCCAGGAAAGAGCCAAAGAGAUGGAAAUCAAAGAGGAAAAGAAACUUUUCAGAAGCCUUUAUGAGUACAAAUACGAGUCCCCUUGACAAGUACAGGUUCUAGAACCAGGUUCUAGAAUAAGUACAAAUACUUGUUACAGGAUAAGUACCAGAAGAAUCUGAUGGCGUUUUUUUACUGUUUGUUAAGUUAAAGUUCCAAUGUAAGUGCCAGUUUCCAGGACAAGUACGAGUCUCUGACCUGGUACAGGUUCUAGAGCCAGUAUAUGUAUAAGUUCCAAACAAGUUCAAGUUCCAGAACAAAUUAAUAGUAUUUUCACUGUCUACUAAGUACAGGUUCUGCCCAGUACAAGUUCUGCUACCAGUACCAUUUUCAGGACAAGUUCCAAAAAAAUACAAGUAUGAGUUCCAGGAGAAAAAGCUCCAGAGCAAGUACAGGUUCUAAAGCCAUUACUGGUACUAGUUCCAGUGCAAAAACAAGUUCUGGGAUAAGUUCCAUGAAAUUAUUCUGGCACUUGUGUUUGUACUUGUUCUGGAACUUAAGAACUUAUUUUUAAAGACAAGAACGCAUUUCUUAAGUACAGGCUCUAGAACCAGUACAAGUUUCUGGGGUAUGUUUCAUGAAAUUCCAUGAACUGAAAGAGAACUUAUUCAGGAACUUGUACUUAUUUUGGCUCUUGUAUUUGUAGAUGGUCUGGAACUUAUGAACUCGUGAUCAAGCAAGUACAAACUCAAAAAUAUACAAAUACGAGUUCUAGGACAAGUACAACUUACUUAACAAGUACAGGCUGUAGAACCAGUACAAGUUCUGGAAUACAUUUCAUAAAGUUCCAUGAUCAUAAGUAGAACGUAUCCUGGAACUUGCACUAGUUCUGCAACUUGCAUUUGUACUUGUUCUGGAACUCAUUAUCAAA